UCUGACAUUCCACCAAUCUGACAACUAGCCCCGUCUACUCAGCUACUCUCACUUCCAGUCUCCACUAUUGAAAGGGAAAGAAUUUCCUAGUCUAGUUGCAGGUUCUUACACUCGCGUGUUGUAAUUCUCUGUGAAAAUUUAUAAAAUCCAGAAAAGUUCUUUUUCCAGAUGUCGACCACUCACAGACACCGUUAUAAAAAUGUUGGAUUGGACUCGAGCGAAAUGCGCCGCCGAAGGGAGGAGGAGGGCAUCCAAAUCCGAAAACAGAAACGUGAACAACAAUUGAUCAAACGAAGGAAUGUCGAUGUGCCAGUCAAUAUGGAAAGUGACAAUAUCCAGGAGGAGGAGAUGCAAAUGCACCAGAAUGACAUCAUAAAGAAGGAAAUGAUCGAACAGCUCUACAGUGACGAUGAAAGUCUUCAGCUGCUAACAACUCAGAAAUUCAGGAAACUCUUGUCCAGAGAUCCUAAUCCACCGAUUCAAGAGGUCAUUCAGAAGGGAAUAGUUCCACGUUUUGUGACGUUUUUAAAAAACAAUUCAAAUGCAUCGCUGCAAUUUGAAGCUGCAUGGACAUUAACAAACAUAGCAUCGGGAACAUCUCAACAAACUAAAAUAGUUAUCGAUUCGGGAGCUGUUCCGAUAUUCAUUGAAUUACUUUCUAGUCCUCAUGACGAUGUUCAGGAACAGGCAGUAUGGGCGCUUGGUAAUAUUGCAGGUGAUUCGUCUUCGUGCCGGGAUCACUUGCUCAACUCUGGCAUACUUCCACCUCUACUGCAAGUUUUAAGUAAAGAAGAACGACUCACGAUGACAAGAAAUGCCGUUUGGACUUUAUCAAAUUUGUGUAGAGGAAAAAAUCCACCUGCUGAUUUUUCGAAAAUCGUCAAAGGCUUACCAACGCUAGCCCGUCUCCUCAAUCACAACGAUGCUGAUAUUCUCAGUGACACUUGUUGGGCUAUAAGUUACUUAUCGGAUGGACCAAAUGACAAAAUAAAAGCUGUCAUUGAUGCAGGUGUUUGUCGUCGUUUAGUUGAACUUCUUAUGCACCCCCAAAACAACGUAGUUACUGCAGCCUUGCGAGCUGUUGGUAAUAUUGUAACUGGCGAUGAUAUUCAAACGCAAGUGAUUUUAAAUUGCAACGCAUUACCCUGCAUAAGUGCAUUGUUAAGCUCUGAACUCGAAACCAUCAAAAAAGAAGCCUGCUGGACAAUUUCGAAUAUCGCUGCCGGCAAUCGUCAACAAAUUCAGGCUGUCAUUGAUACGAAUAUAUUUCCAAUUUUAAUGAGUAUUCUCCAAACAUCAGAUUUUAAAACAAAAAAAGAAGCAGCAUGGGCCAUAACAAAUGCUACAAGCAGUGGUACAGCUGAACAAAUUAGAUAUUUGGUUCACGUGGGUUGCAUUCCACCAAUGUGUGAUUUCCUAACUGUAGUGGACUCCGAUAUUGUGCAAGUAGCAUUAAACGCUUUAGAGAACAUAUUAAAGGCCGGACAAAAGAUCACAACCAAACCUAAUCCUUACGCAAUGAUGAUCGAAGAGUGUGGAGGACUUGAUAAGAUUGAAUACCUUCAGGCACAUGAAAAUCGGGACAUCUAUCACAAAUCGUUCUACAUCAUUGAGCAAUACUUCGGCAAUGAAGAGGAGGAUUCUCGCGUUGCACCUUCAGCGGAAAACAAUCAAUACAACUUUAAUCCCGAUCAGGCAGCUCCUCAUGGCGGUUUCAAUUUCUAACCCAACUAACUAUAAACACUUUUGGGAAUUUACAGUUAUUUGUCAUGCACACGUAUUAAAAAAAAAAGAAGAAAAAUCAACAACAAAAUCAUCUGAAAGAUUUUUAAACAAAAGAACAAAAACUAAAACUAAACAGCUCAUUUGAGAACGAACGCAUAAAUAAUCCUAAAAUGACAAAAAGUGCUACCGAAACUAUAAACAAAACAAAAGAAAAACCGAGUUUCGCAUAUUGACACUUUGUUGUUAUUUUUUAAAAUGUAUUUUCCGUUGAGUUUAAAUUUUUGCUAACAAAUUUUCAUAACUUCCUGUUUGCUUUUUUAAGAACUUGAUUUCGUGUUACAAUAUUUUUUAUUAUUAAUUUUUUCAAUUCUUUUUUUUUUUUGUUAUGUAUAAUGUACAUAUUAUAAAACAUUUAAAACUAUGUAUAUUUUAUUUUUAUUGAAUUUUGAGAUUUGUAUUUAUUAUUUUCCUUUGUUUUUUUUUUUAUUUUUUCUUUUUAAUUCUUUAUUAUUUGAAAAAGGCUAUAUUGAUUAAUUAAAUAUAUAUAUAUAUGUAUACAUUUAUAACAACAGCCAUAUUUGCUCAUUAACUAUUAUUUUGUUUUUCAUUUUAAGGGUUUUUAACUAAAAUGUUUGUAUUUUUGGUUGGAAAGUAGAUUGAAAAAUGAAUAUUUGAUGAGUGAAGUUAUUUAAAAUGAACACGGCUUAAAAAAAAAGAAACUUAAUACAACCGAAUAAUAAAAAGAAAAUAAGGUAUGUAAUUCCUCAAAAUAAAAAGAAAA